AUGAGUUCAAGAGCAAAUGGAAGUUCCAAAUGUGCAACCCAUGAGAUCAAGUUCACCAAGCUCUUCAUCAAUGGACAAUUUGUUAAUUCCAUAUCAAGAAAUACGUUUGACACGAUCGAUCCAGCAACUGAGGAAGUGAUAGCAACAGUGUCUGAAGGGAAAAAGGAAGACGUUGAUGUGGCAGUCAAGGCAGCUCGUGAAGCUUUUGACAAUGGACCUUGGCCUCGCAUGUCCGGUGAGGCACGGCGAAAGAUUAUGCUGAAAUUUGCGGAUUUGAUUGAUGAAAAUGUUGAUGAUUUAGCAACCUUGGAAGUGAUCGAUGGUGGAAAACUGUUUGGCCCCGUGAAGUUCUUUGAAAUCCCGAUAUCAUCAGAAACGUUUCGGUACUUUGCUGGUGCGGCUGAUAAAAUCCGUGGAGCAACUCUCAAAAUGUCUAGUAAUAUUCAAGCUUACACGUUACGUGAACCCAUUGGUGUAGUCGGACACAUCAUUCCUUGGAAUAGCCCGGCUUACAUGUUUGCCACCAAGGUCGCGCCGGCUUUAGCCAGUGGGUGCACCAUGGUGGUCAAGCCUUCUGAACACACACCUCUUACGGUUCUCUUCUUGGCUCACUUGUCAAAACUGGCAGGUGUUCCUGAUGGCGUGAUCAAUGUUGUUAACGGGUUUGGAGAAACUGUUGGUGCUGCUAUAAGCUCCCAUAUGGACAUUGAUGCGGUUACUUUUACGGGAUCCACAGAAGUUGGUCGUUCUGUAAUGCAAGCGGCAGCAAUAAGCAAUUUAAAACCUGUGUCGCUCGAACUCGGAGGAAAAUCACCUUUUAUUGUUUUCGAUGAUGCAGACGUUGAUAAAGCAGUGGAGCUUGCUGUUUUGGGCAAUCUAAUGAAUAAAGGGGAAAUGUGUGUGGCAGGGUCUCGUGUUUUUGUUCAAGAAGGAAUCCAUGAUGUUUUUCUUAGCAAACUGGAAGCAAUGGUGAAAGGUUGGGCAACAGGAGACCCUUUUGAUCCCGCCACACGUCAUGGACCUCAAAACAAUAAACAACAAUACGAGAAAGUACUUUCUUGCAUUGAGCAUGGCAAAAAGGAAGGCGCGACUUUGGUAACCGGUGGCCGGCCGUUUGGAGAGAAGGGAUACUUUAUCGAGCCAGCUUUGUUUACAAAUGUUACGGAUGAUAUGACCAUAGCAAAAGAAGAAAUUUUUGGCCCUGUUAUCACUGUUCUGAAGUUCAAGACUGUGGAAGAAGUGAUAAAAAGAGCGAAUAUCACUAAAUACGGACUUGCAGCAGGUGUAAUGACAAAAAACAUUGAUGUUGCGAACACAGUAUCAAGAGCUAUUCGGGCAGGUGCGGUCUGGGUGAAUUGUUUUAUAGCAAUCGACCGUGAUGCACCUCACGGGGGGUAUAAAAUGAGUGGGUUCGGAAGAGAACAAGGACUGGAGGCACUUGAACACUAUCUUCAAGUUAAAACUGUGGCAACACCCAUAUAUAAUACCCCAUGGCUCUAA